CCCGGAAAAAUUGACUAUAAGUACUAAAUGAUCCAAUAUUUUAACAUAAGUUAAUUUUUAACAUUAGUUAAUUUAUUGCAAAAUGCUUAAGGUGUUUCUAGUUUUUCGAUUCCUAAUUUUGACUGUUUCAGUAGAUGCGUACAUAAGGGUGUGUUACUAUACCAACUGGUCACAGUAUAGACGUGAUAAAGCCAAAUUUCAACCUGAGGACAUUGAUCCAAACCUUUGUACCCAUAUUAUUUAUUCAUUUUCAAAAAUCACUUCAUACAACAAGCUUGAUAUGGUUGAAUGGAAUGAUGAUCAAAUGUUUGCUCGAAUUAUGACUCUUAAACUCAAAAACCCAAACCUCAAAAUAUUGCUUGCCGUUGGUGGGUGGAAUCAUGAAAAUGAUGCCGUAUCAAAAUUUUCAACUAUGGUGAAUAGUCAAACAAAUAGAAAUGCAUUUAUUAAAUCAACAGUUGAUUUACUUCGUCAAUGGAACUUUGAUGGACUUGAUCUUGACUGGGAAUAUCCUUCUGGUAGAGGAAACUCGCCCCCAGGCGAUAAACAAAUGUUUACUAUACUUUGUGGAGAACUUGUAAAAGCUUUUGAAGCAGAUGCUGUUUCAAGUAAUAAACCAAGACUUCUUCUAACGGCUGCUGUUUCUGCAUCUUACCUAAUUAUUGACGCUGGGUAUGAAGUUAAAGAAUUAGGCUCUUUAUUGAGUUUUAUAAACUUGAUGGCAUAUGACUUACAUGGAUCAUGGGACAAUAUAACUGGACAUCACACGGCCAUGUUAGGAGAUGGUGGAAAUUUACCUUACCGUAAUGAGUACACGGUACCAUACGCUAUUGAUUACUGGAUCAAACUUGGAUUUCCAGCUAAUAAAAUAGCUCUUGGAUUGGCUACAUACGGUAGAGCUUUUUUUUUAAAUGAAAUUGACAAAAACAGCCCAGCAUCCCCUACCAUAAAUAGAAGUUGGAAUAAAGCGCCGAAGGGUGACUAUACUGGAGAAGAAGGGUUUUUAGCGUACUACGAAAUAUGCAACAUGACAUUGAAUAUUGUACAGGACAAUAUUGUCGAUGCACCUUACGGAUAUAUAAAUGACAAAUGGAUAGGAUUUGAUAAUCAAGCAAGUUUAAGAAAAAAAGUAAACACUCAAAUAAUAGCUAAAGGCCUUGCGGGUGCAAUGUUUUGGGCGCUUGAUCUCGACGAUUUUAAUGGAAACUUUUGCGGAAAUGGUCGUUAUCCUUUAAUUUCAUCAGUUAUAAAAGCGUUAGAAAAUGUUUAGUGGAAGUCAAAUGUUUAGUGGAAGUCAAAUGGAGUGGAGUCAAAUCGGAGGUGAAAAGAAAGAUCAGAAGAAAUGAUAAUUAUAUUUAAUUAAAUUAUCUAUUGUAACAUUAUCGUUGUAAAUACAUUUAUCAAGUUUAAA